AUGUAGGUGUGUGUAUAAAGUUAUUGUGACCCAAAAUGUUUAAGAUCAAAUAAUAAUAAAAUAGUUUGUUAUUAAAAAAUUGUGGUGAAUAAGAAGUUUUUGGACUAAGCUGCUUAUUGCGGACAACAACAAUGGAUCCUAACAUGACGCUGGAUUACAACACCAGCUCACUAAUUUUACAAGAAACAACAACAUCAACAACAAUAUCGUCGAUUGUUGUGCGGAACGCAACGAGCGCCAGCAACGCAUACGAGUGGCGCUUUGUCCUUCCGCCAUACAUCCUGAUCUUCUUACUGUCGACGUCAGGCAAUUGCCUGGUGAUCGCAACCCUGGCCAGCAACCGGCGGAUGCGGACUGUAACCAACGUGUAUUUACUUAACCUGGCAAUAUCGGAUUUCUUACUCGGCGUGUUCUGUCUACCGUUCACACUCGUCGGGCAAAUAUACCGUCGCUUCCUGUUCGGCGCGACUCUGUGCAAACUAAUACCCUUUUUGCAAGCCGUCUCAGUCUCGGUAGAUGUGUGGACUCUCGUCGCCAUAUCCCUCGAGAGAUACUUUGCAAUAUGCAGGCCGCUCAAAUCAAGGAAAUGGCAGACUCAGUGUCACGCCUACAAGAUGAUAGCGACUGUAUGGAUACUGUCCCUAGCGCUCAACUCUCCUAUACUGAUAGUCUCUACACUCCAGCCUAUGAGAGGAAAUGCAUACAAAUGUAGAGAAGUGUGGUCAAGCCUGGAAUUGGAGAGAACUUUUAACCUUGGCCUGGAUGCCGUCCUACUGGUGCUACCGUUCUUCAUCAUGUCCUUCGCGUACUGCCUCAUAGUGACGAAGCUCUGGCGCGGCAUGAGGCACGAAAUACAGCAUAAUUUCAACUGGCAGAAAAACUUGACCAACGACAACGCUUGCAAAGCGAAUCACUUACUAGCAACUACACCUGUAAUACAAGCCAAUGAAUCUGAAGUAUGCUGCAGGAAUGGCUGCAACUUGAAAAAAAUCUCUAAGGAAACUGAAUCAAAACUGGACGCAGACAGGAAAAUGCAAACAUGCUGGUUGCACACUGACGUGGAGUUCCGACAUGUGGUGCGCUCCACCCACAUCGACAAGAGCAUUGAAGCCAAGCGUAAGGUAAUAAGGAUGCUGUUUGUGAUCAUACUGGAGUUUUUCAUCUGCUGGGCUCCGCUGCAUGUCAUCAAUACGAUUUAUCUGUUCUACCCCGAGGAGUUGUACCAGUACAUCGGCUCCAAGGGCAUCGUGUGCCUCCAGCUCCUGGCAUAUUGCUCCUCAUGCUGCAACCCCAUCACGUAUUGCUUCAUGAACAGGAAGUUCAGACAGGCUUUCAUCGUGCUCUUCAAAAGUUGCAGACUAUUGCGAUGCUGCUUCCCUCGACAAACGGAUGGCAGCAAGCAGGUCACUCCACCACCAUCCAGCCAGGAGGUUACCGCGUGCGUGGUCCGAGGCAGCCACACUGGCCGCUCAGAGCUGGAUGGACUAGAAGGGGAGGAUUGUGUUUAGCAGCGGCUCUCAAAGCACUGCUUUGGGAAGCAGCGCUCAUCCCGCCCUGCCCGCGCCCGCCGUCGCAAGGCCCGUCACACAAGUUAUCGAGACAGGCGAGGAAGGGAGUCAAUUCCUAUAUCGCAUUACAUGGCCUCGGGCCGGGCAGCCGAAGAGCACGGGACCGACACAGCCCCUUUAUGAAUAAGAAGACUUUGAAGUCUAGGAGCUAGUGAGGUUCUCA